AUGACAAAGAUUCUGCAAGCCUACAGCCUUGCAAAGUCACUGCAGAGAGGAUGCGUGGUUGGCCGAAAAGUUGGAAACACGUUCACAACAACGUGGUGGAAACUAUCAUCUGUCCAGUUCUUCAGCACCAAGGCUCAUACAGCCCAUCUGGUUCUGGAGGAUGGCACCAGAAUGAAAGGGUUCUCCUUUGGUCACAGCAGCUCAGUGGCAGGAGAGCUGGUCUUCAACACUGGGCUGGUGGGUUACCCUGAGGCCCUGACUGACCCGAGCUACAGGGGUCAGAUCCUCACACUAACUUACCCCAUUGUGGGCAACUAUGGCGUCCCCAACACACAAGAACUGGACGAACUGGGACUGAGAAAACACGUGGAGUCGGAACGCAUUCAGGUGUCUGGCCUUUUGGUCCAAGAUUAUAGCCAGGAGUACAGUCACUGGAACUCAGUCAAAUCAUUGGGUCAGUGGCUGAAUGAGGAAAAGGUACCAGCACUGUUUGGAAUAGACACUCGGAUGUUGACAAAGAUUAUUAGAGACAAGGGCACAGUUUUGGGGAAGAUUGAGUUUGACGGGCAGUCAGUAGAAAUGAAGGACCCCAACCAGAGAAAUCUUGUUGCUGAAGUGUCCACGAAGGAGACUAAGGUUUUUGGAAAAGGAAACCCAAUCAAGGUUGUAGCUGUGGACUGUGGCAUAAAACAUAACAUCAUCCGUCUUCUGGUGAAGCGUGGUGCAGAAGUCCAUUUGGUCCCAUGGAACCAGGACUUGAUGAGUCUUGACUAUGACUGUUUGUUUAUCUCUAACGGACCAGGAAACCCAGCUCUGGCCCAAACCCUCAUCCAGAAUGUUCGCCGGGUUCUGGAAAGCGAUCGUCCGCAGCCUGUCUUUGGCAUUUGCAUGGGAAAUCAAAUCACUGCUCUCUCUGCUGGGGCUACAUCAUAUAAACUUCCAAUGGGAAACAGAGGCCAGAACCAGCCAGUGCUGAAUGUGAUGACGGGCCAGGCCUUCAUUACUGCACAGAACCACGGCUACGGCAUCGACAGCGAGUCCCUGCCUGAGGGGUGGAGCCCGCUGUUCGUCAACGCCAACGAUGGCACAAAUGAGGGCAUCAUGCACCAAACCAAACCUGUCUUUACGGCGCAGUUUCAUCCAGAGGCUAAAGGAGGGCCCACUGACACAGAGUUUCUCUUUGAUACAUUCAUGUCUUUGGUCAAGAGAGGAAAAUAUGACACUAUUGUGUCAGUAAUGCCCAAGAAACCAUCUCCUCCUCCCAGACCCAAGGUUUCAAAGGUUUUGGUUCUUGGAUCUGGAGGUCUGUCCAUUGGUCAGGCUGGAGAGUUUGACUAUUCCGGGUCUCAAGCAGUUAAGGCAAUGAAGGAAGAGAACUUAAAGACGGUGUUAAUGAACCCAAAUAUUGCCUCAGUUCAAACGAAUGAGGUGGGAACGAAGCAGGCAGACACUGUGUACUUUCUGCCGGUCACCACACACUUUGUCACAGAGGUGAUCAAAACCGAGCGACCCGAUGGCAUUUUACUUUCCAUGGGAGGACAAACUGCACUCAACUGCGGGGUCGAACUGUUCAAAAGUGGGGUUCUUGAAAAGUAUGGGGUGAAAGUACUCGGGACGCCUGUGGAGUCCAUCAUGGCGACUGAAGACCGGCAGCUGUUUGCAGAUAAACUCAUGGAGAUCAAUGAAAAGAUUGCUCCCAGUGUCGCUGUGGACUCUGUUUCAGAUGCAUUGAAAGCUGCAGAUAAAAUUGGCUACCCUGUAAUGCUGCGCGCGGCUUAUGCGCUGGGCGGGCUGGGCUCUGGUCUGUGUGCCACCAAAGACAAACUGAAGGAAACGGCUCGCAAGGCCCUGGUCAUGUCCAGUCAGAUCCUGAUAGAGAAGUCUCUACUGGGCUGGAAGGAGGUGGAGUAUGAGGUCGUCCGAGAUGUGGCCGACAACUGUGUGACUGUCUGCAACAUGGAGAACUUUGACCCACUGGGAAUCCACACAGGAGACUCAAUAGUGGUGGCUCCGAGUCAGACGUUGUCCAAUGAGGAGUACCAUAUGCUCCGUGAGACGGCCAUCAAAGUAGUGCGUCAUCUGGGAAUCGUGGGCGAGUGCAACAUUCAAUACGCCCUACACCCGUCGUCCCUCGAUUAUUGCAUUAUUGAAGUUAAUGCCCGCCUCUCCCGGAGCUCUGCACUGGCAUCAAAAGCCACUGGGUAUCCAUUAGCAUUUGUAGCAGCGAAGUUAGCCCUGGGCAUUCCUCUGCCGGAGAUCAAGAACGCAGUGUCCGAGAAAACCACGGCCUGCUUCGAGCCCAGUCUGGACUACAUCGUGACCAAGAUCCCCCGCUGGGAUUUGGACCGCUUUCAGGGCAUGUCUCGAGAAAUUGGCAGUGCCAUGAAGAGCGUUGGAGAGGUGAUGGCGGUGGGCCGUACCUUUGAGGAGAGCAUGCAGAAGGCCCUGAGGAUGUGUCACCCCUCGGUGGAGGGCUUCAUGCCCCGACUGCCGCUGAACAAAGCCUGGUGUGACUCUUACGACCUGGAGCAGGAGCUGGCUGUGCCCUCCAGCACUCGCAUCUUCUCCAUCGCUAAGGCGCUGCACGGAGGCAUGAGUGUGGAUCACAUCCACCAGCUGACAGCCAUCGACAAAUGGUUCCUCCAUAAACUCAACCGGAUCACACAACUGGAGCAGUGUCUCAGCCUCUACACAAGCACCACAGUCCCCAGUGAGUUGCUGUUAAAAGCCAAGAAGGAUGGCUUCUCUGACCGGCAGAUUGGUCAAAUAUUCGGCUGCUCUGAGCGUGCAGCCCGAGAGCUCAGACUGUCCCUCGGCAUCAAACCUUGGGUCAAACAAAUUGACACACUGGCAGCAGAGUAUCCAACCUUGACAAACUAUCUCUACUGCACUUACCAUGGCCAGGAAAAUGACCUGGACUUCAGAGAUAAGGGGAUAAUGGUUCUUGGUUGUGGCCCAUAUCACAUUGGAAGUAGUGUUGAGUUUGACUGGUGUGCGGUGUCCAGUAUCCGGGCUCUGAGGCAGAUGGGGAAGCGCACAGUUGUGGUGAAUCAUAAUCCUGAGACGGUCAGUACGGACUUCGACGAGUGCGACCGCCUUUACUUUGAGGAGCUGACACUGGAACGCGUCCUGGACAUCACCCAACAAGAGGGCUGCUCUGGCUGCAUCGUGUCAGUGGGAGGUCAGAUCCCCAAUAACUUGGCCGUCCCUUUGCACCUGAACGGGGUGAAGAUCCUGGGGACCUCCCCCUUACAGAUCGACCGGGCGGAGGAGCGCUCUGUCUUCUCCAGUAUUUUGGACGACCUUGGAGUGGCCCAGGCCCCGUGGAGAGCUCUGAGUUCGUUGGAGGACGCCUUUACUUUUGCCAACCAGGUGGGAUACCCGUGUCUGCUUCGUCCCUCCUACGUCCUCAGCGGAUCUGCCAUGAACGUAGCGUACGGAGAAGAGGAGAUGAAACGCUUUCUGGAAGAGGCCACUCAAGUGUCGCAGGAGCAUCCUGUGGUUAUCACAAAGUUUGUCCAAGAAGCCAGAGAGGUGGAGAUGGAUGCUGUCGCCAGAAAUGGAAAGGUGCUGGUUCACGCCAUUACGGAGCAUGUAGAAGACGCUGGAGUGCACUCUGGAGACGCCACUCUGAUGCUCCCGACCCAGAGUAUUAGCCAGGGAGCACUUGAAAAGGUUAAAAUUGCCACCCGGAAAAUUGCCCAAGCCUUUGAGAUUUCAGGGCCUUUUAACACUCAGUUUCUGGUCAAAGGCAAUGAUGUCAUGGUGAUUGAGUGUAACCUUCGGGCAUCUCGCUCCUUCCCCUUUGUGUCAAAAACUAUCGAAGUGGAUUUCAUAAACGUGGCGACCAAAGUGAUGGUGGGAGAAGCGGUGGACGAGGCCAGUCUCCCGUCUCUGGACCGACCGUUCAUUCCUGUCGACUACGUUGGCAUCAAGGCGCCCAUGUUCUCAUGGCCGCGGCUGCGCGACGCUGACCCGGUGCUGCGCUGUGAAAUGGCCUCCACCGGAGAAGUUGCCUGUUUUGGGCCAAACAUUUAUUCAGCCUUCCUCAAGGCUAUGCUCUCCACGGGGUUCAAGCUGCCCCAAAAGGGCAUCCUGAUCGGGAUUCAGCACUCUUUUCGACCAAAUUUCCUGGCCACAGCUCAUCAUCUCAAAGAGGAAGGGUUCAAGCUCUUUGCAACUGAAGCCACGUCCGCCUGGCUGUCUGCUAACGACGUUCCUGCCACUCCUGUGGCCUGGCCCAGUGACGAAGGAGGACAGUCAACUAUGCCCAGUAUUCAGAAACUCAUCAGCGACGGAGAGAUUGACCUAGUGGUGAAUCUGCCCAAUAACAACACUCGCCACGUGAAGGACAACUUCCUCAUCCGCCGACUGGCUAUCGACCACGGCGUCCCCCUCAUCACCAACUACCAGGUGGUGAAGCUGUUUGCGGAGGCCAUUCGUUACGCAGAUGAAAUCGACACGACUAGUCUUUUCCAUUACCGUCAGAAAGACAGAUAUCGGAGCCAACUCAUCCCGCACACAUGA